GGGAGUUAAUCAGAGCAGCAGCAGCAGCAGCAGCGGAGGGAGGAGGAGGCGGAGGAGGACUCAUCUGUUAGCUAAAGGCUAACGAGCUAAACUAGCUGCUAACCGGCUAAUCCGAGUCUGAAAAAUGUUCACUCUCCGGGAUAAUGAUGGUCGCGGAGCCGAGGGGUCGUACCAUGACAUUACAGCUCCGUGUUGUUGUUGAUGUGUGUCCGAGCUUUGAGUGAUGCUCUCACGAAAGAAAAGUAAAAACGAAGCGUCGAAACCAGCCGAGGUCCACGGGAAGUAUGUGAAGAAGGAGACAUCUCCGCUGCUCAGAAGUAAGAGAGACACCAUGUUAGCAUCGGCUAGCCUGAGAGUAGGAGUUCACUAAAGUGUUAAAAAGUUAAAACUACUGAGAACAAACAGGCUAAAGUGAAUCUGUGGGAAUAAUAAUGAAGUUAAGAAGCAUCUGAAUUAAUGUUUAAAGGCUUUUUGUGUUAACGUAACGACACUAGUUAGCAUCGUUAGCUCAAGUUAUCAGGUAGCUUUAAAAACUCAUAAUAUCAUUAAAGACUAACUUUAAUAUGAAUAAUCUGUGUUUUUUAGUGGUUUUAGCUGCUUUAAACGGUGAAGUUUGAUCCAGAAAGUCAAAAUAUUUUCCGUUAAACUUUAUAAAUCCAUUUAUUGAAGUUGUAUGAAUGUUAUUGAUCAUGUAAUUUACACUCUCGAAGUCACAUAAUCGAUAAAUAUCACUUUUCUUUACACCUUAUGUGAUAAUUUUGAUUGAAUACUUGACCAAACAUGUUAUAAUCCUUAAAAAAAUGAAAUAUAAUAGGAUAUAAAGGCUGUUUUAUCUCAGAGAGUUUUAAAGAGAGUAAAAAAAACUGUUAAAAGAAGUUAUUAGGUUUGAAUGAACGUAAAAAUCAGAUUGAUUGGGUUGGUGAUGUCAUGUUUUGGUGCUCAGGUGUGUUUACUUGUUGAAAUUCCUCACUAAUGUCUGACAGUUUUGCCCAGAUCUGACUCGUACCCUCUUAUUUUACACCUUACAGCUCUUUCGCCCUCAUUUAUGUGUUUUUUUUUUGUGUUUUUAGCAGCUUUAAAUGAUGAAGUUUAAACCAGGAAGUCAAACUUUUGUCCUUUAAACUGUAUUAGUCCAUUGAUUGAAGUUGUAUGAGUGUUAUUGAUCAUGUAAAAUAUAAUUGAUAAAUAUCACAUUCCUUUACACCUUAUGUGAUAAUUUUGAUUAACGAGUUGAUCAAUCAGUUUAUAAUCUUUAAAAAAUGGAAAUAUUAUGGGAUAUAGAGGCUGUUUUAUCUCAGAGAGUUUUAAAGAGAGUAAAGAAACUGUAAAAAGAAGUUAUUAGGUGUAAAUCACCAUUAAAAAUCAGAUUGAUUGGGUUGUUGAUGUCAUGUUUUGGUGCUCAGGUGUGUUUAUUUGUUGAAUUUCCUGACAGUGUUGCCCUGAUCUGACUCAUACCCUCCUCUUCUACACCUGACAGAUCUUAUGCCCUCGUUUAUCCGUCAUGGACCGACUAUUCCCAGACGAGCAGAGGUCCCCCUGCCAGAUAUGGGGCCCUCCGCCUACCCCGUGCAGCCCAGCAGGGAGCCCGUGGUGUCGCGCAACAAGAGCUUUCUCCGCCCCCACGUGCAGAGACCCCCUCAUGAGGUGGCCCGCAGAGAAAGCCACCGCAUGUCCGCACCGCCGUAUCUGCCGCGCAGUUUGGGAGACCUGCCCCACGAGUACGGGGGCUCCUCACAGUCCUUCCUCACAGACGUGAGCCCCAUGUCGGAGAACGGAGACGCCGCCCGCUAUUAUUACCCCUCUGAACCGUACUAUGACAACCAGCAGCACCAACAGCAGCAGCAGCAACAACACCAGCAGCAGCAGCGGCAGCAGCAGCAGCAGCCCAGGAGGGUCCCAGACCGCUUUCCUGAGGACUAUAGAUACUAUGAGCACAAUGAGCACAACUUCCAAAGACUUCCACAGAGACAGCACACUCCUCCCGCUCCGAGCAGACCGCCUUCAGGUAAACACCGAGUUUGCUGCUCUCACCUGCGUGUGUGUCGUACUGAUUAUUUAGCAGAGUAAACAAGAGAAGGUGACGUACGUGAGAAUGAGACGUGUCAGAAUACUUCAUCAGAUCCACACUGUAAGCAGGCGAAUCCAGGACAUCAGGGAAGAUUUAUAAAAACCUUUUAACUAAACUCUGAGAUAAGAUUAAAAAAUGUGCAGCAGCCCUUUAUUAGAGUCACUUUAGAGUCGGAGUAAGUGUGUUUAUUGGCUCCGAAAUAACAGCUGAGAAGGUUAAUUUCAUCUCAGCUCUCCUGACAGAUUCAAUAUUCUGAUCCUUCAGCUCCACACUCUCGACAGAAUUACGAUCUUAGCGCCGUCUAAUUUCUGUAAACGUUGAGAGUGUUUCAGUAUUCCUCUUUAUUUUGUGUCUGACUCCUCUUCCUCAUCAUCAUCUUCAUCAUCAUGAACCGUGUACGUGUCUCAGUGAAGCCAAACAAGCAUUAGCUGCUCCGUGUUUUCACCUCUCUGUUUGCUGAAUCUCUCUGCCAUCAAACCAGUAAUUUGCCGACCGCUCCCAGUCAGACGUGUUAGCCUCGCUCGGAUGAAUCAUCUCGGUGCGUAGGUGCUGCUCUCUGAGAAAAUGACCCGCACAUGUGAGGCUAAUGCGGGGCCCUUAGAGGACUCGUCUCUUCCUGACAUUGGAGGAUGAGGGAAAAGUUUUAGUUUUGUUUCAGAGGAAAACUUCAAGGUCUCCUUCCUUACACUCAUUUUCAGAAAAUCAGUCUAGAGUUCGAGUGAAACUUUACAACCAAACAGAAAUUGUGUUUUAUGAGCACUUGUGGACGGAUGAAGGUAACGUCAUCCAGGAGAAAAUGCUUGAUCAGUAAAAACCACAUCAGUCUGAGUAAACAAUGAGUAAAUUUUCGUUCUGAAACUCUGCGGGAAAACAUCGAUGCAGAACUUUAAUUUCUGUCCAAUUCAACAACCUAAAAAAACACCUUUUCUCUGCCAAUCAUGAGAUAUUCUAUAGCUAAGAAUAUUUUUUAUAAAAACAGAUCAAACCUGAAGUUAAAUAUUCAGACAGCUUCAUAAACUUCACGUGAACAGGCCUCUCUCUCCCUCUUGUCUCACCCUCUGUCUCUGAGUUAAAUGAUCGUAUUGAUAUUCGGAUUGCUGAAUUUCAGUUUCGUUUCCGACCAAACUGCUGAGCAGAAAAAAAGCUUUCCCAAAACUCUGCAUCUGUUUUCUGAAUGAAGCCCAGAUGCUCUGAGUUUCCUGGGAGUUUUCCUCGUUUCAUAUCUGACGGACAUCUCAGCGUUUGUGACUUUAGAGAUCAAAUUAACGAACCGUGAGUUUAGUCUGUCGUCUGAAUCUGUGAGUCUGAGGCUGUCAAAGAUCCUCUGUGGUGUUUAAGGGUGUAGCUUUUCCUCAGUCUUGUCCCCCCCUGCUGGGUUUAACACCCAGAACAUGCUGGAGGUCAGGACAGCUGCUGUCAGCUCUCUGACUCUAACGCUGAAUUUUUAUUCAAAAAGGUCCAAAAAUAACAAAAAUACACCCCAGUUUUUCUAGACCUGAACUGUGUACAGCUCCUAAUUCCCUCAGACUCUUUGGUGAAACAAUCAUGUUGUUUUUCUGACCGAGUUCGUGUGGAUGUUUUUAUUUUGGUGUUCAGAGUUUAUCGUCCAGUUUUGCUUCAGUUUGUCCAAACGAGCUGAAGGUCUGACUGUGGCUCUGUGUUUCUGAAGAAAAGGCCAGAGGAGAUGAUGAUGAUGAUGAUGAUGAUGAUGAUGAUGAUGAUGAUGAUGAUGAGGUGGUGGAGGAGGAAAAGGAGGAGGAGGAGGAGGAGUGCAUUUCUGUGGAGCGCUCACACAUUCCAUCCCUUUACUCAGCAGCUGGCGGAGCGCUCGGACCGGCGCUGUUUCUGUCACUUCCCUGCUGAAUGUUUCAGAUCGUAGCGGCCAUUUUACUCCGAUCUCUCUUCAUCCACGUCCCUCUGAUCCGGUCCUCCUCUCUGGGUCAUGAUAGUCCUCAGCUGUCCAGUAAGAACCUCAGGGACCGACUCUGCCGUGUCCCUGAAGUUCAGUCUCUGUUUAGUUUUUUCUCCUCGGGUGUUUUUGUUUCCAAACUUCACCACACUCCCUUUUCCUUCGAUUCUUCGCUCAGAGAUAAGACACUCCGUCACUCUGCUAACUAAAGCCUCUGUCUCACAUUUCUGACUCAUUACCAAAGUUCCUGAUUUUCACGUCUUACAGAGAAAGACGGUUUGCAGCUUCACCCCUUCCUGCUCCCUAAGAGCGAAUUUUUAUGAGCUGAGUUCACAUCAGAUCUCCUCGACUUCUUCUGGAAAUUUAAAUCUCGAGGGCCUGCAGGAAAAAAAUGAGGGCUCUCUGUGACGAUGGGAAAACGCAGUGUGCAGCUCACUUUUACAACUUUAGUUUUUCCUUCUUGUGCGUUUAUGAAGAGGGUUCAAAAGAGAGAAAUCAGAGCAGAAGUUUGUGACCUUUGCACACCCACAGUGGGUAGAGACACAUGCACUUUAUUCACGUAGUUUUUACCAGCUCUGAGUUAAAUCCAGGUGAGCACAUCUGUAUGUGAGGUAGUGUCAUGAGUCAUGACGCAGUUAUGCUGUGAUUUAAGGGGGAACUGGGAUAUUUAGUGCAUAAAUGAAUCAUUAUGACUCAACAGUUGGACCGUAAACUCUAAAACUCAAAGGUUAAAGUUUAAGAUUUAUUUUUAAUUCCUUUAGAAGAAUAAAAACUGAAAUAAAACUGUUCUGAGCAGAGUUUAAAGAUCUGUCUCUCAGUAAAGAUUUCGUUCCUGCGUGUGUCCUGCUCCGUCUUCAGAAUAAACGUUUUAAAGCCGGACAUUCCUCUCCUCCAAACCUCGUUUUCCCACACACACACGCCGCUCUUCAGGAUUUUCCCAAAAUAUUUCCUCUCUCCCAGCGGCGUUGUUUGCAGCCAGCUGCUCCGCAGCGUCUCCGCAGUCUCUCCGCCUCUGAAGAGAAAUGUUUGUUUUGCUCAGGCAUAGGUCGAAUCCAGGCCAAGUCCCUCGGGAACCUCUCCAGUCUGACGGGAGAGGACAUCCCACUUCCUGCCGGCUGGACCGUGGACUGGACCAUCCGAGGCAGGAAGUACUACAUCGACCACAACACCAACACUACGCACUGGAGCCACCCUCUGGAGAGGGAGGGGCUCCCUCCAGGCUGGGAGAAGGUGGAGUCGGCCGAGUUUGGAGUCUACUAUGUGGAUCACAUCAACAAGAGGGCCCAGUACCGCCACCCCUGUGCUCCAAGGUGAGGAGACUGUUGUUUUAUUUUUUUACCUCUAUCUCUGGAAACUUGACUGACAUUAGACUCUGUGGGUUUUAUCAGAGAUGUUUGGUUUUACUGAUUAAUUAAAUUCAGGUGUAAACUCUGUGAGGUGUCUCUCUGUUCGUUCCAGCGUGCCUCGAUACGAUCAGCCUCCUCCGUUACCUCCUCCUGUCACCUAUCAGCCACGUCCUGCAGAGAGGAACCAGCCCGUUCUGGUGCCGGCAAACCCGUACCACACCGCCGAGAUCCCGGACUGGCUGCAGGUCUACGCCCGGGCGCCACUCAAGUAAGAGUCAAGACUGCUGUCAAGAGGAAUUCAGAGUUAGAUUAUUCAGAGUUAGUAUAUUCAGAGUUUGUUUAUUCAGGGUUAGUUUAUCCUGAGUUUCUUUGUUCAGAGUUAGUUUAUUCAGAGUUAGAUAAUCCAGAGUUAGAUAAUCCAGAGUUAGAUUAUUCAGAGUUAGUUUAUUCAGAGUUAGAUUAUUAAGAGUUAAAUUAUUCAGAGUUAGUUUAUCCAGAGUUAGUUUAUCCAGAGUUAGUUUAUUCAGAGUUAGUUUAUCCAGAGUUAGUUAAUCCAGAGUUAGAUUAUUCAGAGUUAAUUUAGGAGACAGAAAAUGAGAUGUGGACCUGAUUCUUGCUGCUCAGUUAUUUACCGUUGAUCUGAUUUCCUGUGAUCGUUUUUUUCACAGUUAUCUUCAAAAGUGACUCAAACUCUGAAUAGAUCAUCAGAAAACUUGUCAUAGAUCUAUGAAUAACAGAUGUCUUUUUAAAGCAUUUACAGUAUAAGGUCAGAUAUCUGCAGAAACUCUGAGAUCAUCAUGACACAUUUCUGUCCAAAGUUCAAAAUCCUGAACUUUAUUAAACCCAGACUCCUGAUCUCUACAGCCUCUGAGUUUGUGGCGUUGACUCAGAUUCUCCUCCCCUUCUUAAAGACCCCUGACUCUCUCCUCUGUCCGUCAGGUACGACCACAUCCUGAAGUGGGAGCUGUUCCAGCUGGCGGACUUGGACACGUACCAGGGCAUGCUGAAGCUGCUCUUCAUGAAGGAGCUGGAGCACAUCGUCAAGUCGUACGAGGCGUACCGGCAGGCGCUGCUGUCGGAGGUGGAGGCCCGUAAGCAGCGGCAGCAGUGGUACGCCCAACAGCAGCCCAACAAGAACUUCAUGGGGAACUUGUGAAGUGAGCUCUGAGGUCUCCCUGAGGUCUCUCUGAGGUCUCCACAGUUUGGGAGUGGUCGGGUUUCCCACUCUUCAUUUCCUCUUUACCAAAACACAUCUGUGCCUUCGCUUGAUCCAAAUAUAUCAGCCAGAAAGACUCAAUGAACGAACGAACGAACGAGUGACUGAAAGAAAAAAAAAAACACUAAUGAAGAAAAGGAAGUGACAUCGGUGCCAUUUUACAGACUCCUCUUUUUAAGACUGAGGAGAGCGGCGGAAACGUCUGCUCUGGAGGAAGAUCCUGAAAUCUUUUGUGCCUUUUUACUCCGAUAAAAAAAAAAAUGUCCGCUCUGGUUUUGUACUCGCCAGCGACCCGCCUCAUCUGAUCACCUGAUGGGAGAAAGCGACAGGCAGCUUCUUCUCAUGUUCCUGUUUGAAAUCAUUUCUCCUCUAUAUCCGCUCCGUUCCUCCUAAACCGAAGUCACACUCGACAUAAAUGAAAAAGUGUGUUUCUCUUUUUUUUAUACGACAAUCCGUGGAAAAAUUCACCGAUAUUUAUAUGAACCACGUCUUUGAGGAAAGAAGCAUCACGUUUUCGAUGCUGCGGUUUGAGCGUCUCUCGGCUCUUGGCAUUACUGUAAGUCAGGAAUAUUCUCGUGUGUGUGUGUGUGCGUCUGUGCAUGUGUGUGUGUGUGUGUGUGUGUGAGAUGAAACAUAAAUAAGCUACUGGAACUUUGAAAACACUAAAAAAAGAAACACAACUUUACCAAAAAGUGCAAUUCAGCUUCUUUUCGUUCUUCCUCUCUGAAUAUUUCUCACCUCGGUAAUGCCUUAUCGUUACAGACUGACACGUGUCUUUUUGGGAGGGAGCGCAGGUCCUCACGAACAUUUUCUAUUGAUCGCCGAUCGAUCGGCUUCACAAACGUGACUGCGUUUAACAGCCGUCCGAUCAGGUGACAGCAGAUGAUGUUGGUGAAGAACCUCCACAGAGUCCUUCGUGAUGCAAAAAGGUCUCGAUCACAUCUUCUCUGUUUGUACAUAUCUGAGUUUGUGGAUUGAAAAUACAGGACAUGAGCAAUAAAGUCUGCAGUGAAGAAAACCUCUGACUCCGCAGUCGUUUGUCGUUUUACAGAAGUCAAAUUAACUUUAAAAAUAUUCUUUAAAAAAAAAAAAAAAAAAGUCUUGGUACAACCUCAGUGCUAAAAACGUUGAUAAAAACAGAUUUUAGUUGUCUGCAAAUCUCUUAAACUCUAAAUUAAUCCCAAAACCAGAUUCUGUAGGAGAAGUAGAAGAGACCUGACAAAGGAGGAUUGAGACAAUUUUCCGAACUUUCUGGUUGGUUUCUACUGUCCGAUAUUGUAGCACGCUAACUUUGUUUGGGCUCCUGAACGACACGGGGGAGCAGCAUCCAAUGAGGUUAGGGAGGCGGAGAACGGCUUUGUUUACAGUCAGAAAGAGCGGACUGCUCAAAAAACUCAACUUUAUUUGUAAAGCACUUUAAAACAACCACAGCUGAACAAAGUGCUGUACAUAAAUAGACAAAACAACGCAGACAUGAAAAACAUUAAAAAAAUAAUUUAAACAAUGGAUAAAAUAAAAACAGAUAUUAAAAAGUAAAAUAUGGUGUCAAUGUUUUUACAAACCAAUUUGAAAAACUAUACUAACACAUAACUUAGAACAAACUAUAAAACACUAAAACAGGAGCCGAGUCUCAUGCAGGGUUGAAAGACAAAUAAAAAUGGGUUUUAAGACGAGUUUUAAAAAUGGACAGUGUGGAGGCUUGUCUGAUUUGGAGGGGUCGCUCGUUGCAUAACUUUGGGGUCACAACAGAAAAAGAUCUAUCCCCUCUGAGCUUCAGUUUGGACCUCAGUACCUCCAAGAGCAGCUGAUCAGCUCACCUGUAAAAUGUUGACUUUAGAGACAAUAACAAAAUACAGCGAUAUCGUGAUAUUACUAGAUAUCAAUAACUAAUAACUAUUGACUGAUAUUAAAGAUUUUUUUGUAAAUACACCACAAAAAAAAGAGGCUUCUCUAACAAAAUCCUGCCUUUAAACGGUUAGAAUGAAAAAAUGACUCAGAGUCCGUUUUUCUUUAAUUUGGUCCAACUUUAUUGGUUAUUUCUCUGAACUGAAAGUGUGUUUGGAAACUCUGCAGUGUGGACUCCCAGGUGAUCCUGAGUCGAUGUUGGUGUUGAUGGACAAGGAGAGCUGCUUCAGGGACGACAAACUGAAAACCUUCAGGGACAUUUUUCCAGAGUGUUUGUUUGUUUUUUGUUUUGUUUUUUGUUUGUUUUGUUUUUUUGCAGAUUAAAGUAAAACGGCGUAAAUGAACUUCUGCUCCUCCUCUCUGUGUGUGUGAAGGCCUCACUGAUGCUGAUUAUACUUUGUGGAAGACUCAAGAAGCCGCUCUGCCGCAGCGCCUUUCAAUUUCCAACCGUUGAGGUCAGACCUCAGGAUAAACUCGCUAAAUAUGCGUGACGGUGUUCCUGUGCUGUCAGUGAUGAGAAUGUUUUACAGUGAGCUCUGUGACUCGGGGAGAGGGCGGGGGCGUUCAAGAAGCGAAAAAAAACAAUCAGCACAGCUUUACAAAUGUACAGUAACAGUCUACCAAGCCGAAGGAUUCACACAGCGACGACUGCAAGCUGCUUUGGAAACACAGAGAGGUCGGAGCCCGGCCUCUUUCACCAUGCAACACUUAGUUUGUUUUUUUCUGACACAUGAUUCAACUUAAGUGUGUGAGGAUGAUGGAAGCCGUGAGGAAUGAGGAUCCUUUUCCAGACCCGGCAGGCCCGUCGCCCCGCCUGAUCGCAGCUCGCUUUGAUUCCUCGUCGGCCACAGAGCAGCUACAUUCCUCGGAUUUGCUCGAACAUUCAGUGAGAGAAAAAAAAAAAACACAACAAUGGUUUCACCCACAGGCUCCACGACACAAUGAAACCUCUCACACACACUCACACACACACUCACAGAGCAUCACUGUAGCUACAAAAACUGUAAGCAGACUCAAAGUGAGAGAUAAUGUCAGCUGUGCGGUGUAAACUUUGACCCACUCUGAAUGUUUUUCUCCUUCCAUUGAGUGCAAAAAAAGAACAAAACUCCCUGAUCGAGUCUGAAGUAACAAAAAAAGUUUCACAACGAAUAAAAAAAGUGCCACCAGGUGUCUGCAUAUGUGCGAAAGUAAUGCUAUGGCACAAAACCACUUUGUCACAACCAUUAAAACUCAUUUUUUUAUAAAGUCUACCUGCUUUAAGAGCUUAAAGAUGACACACAUUAACCAUUUACCAUGCUGAUGAUGCUUGAAGAGCUCCAUGUUUUUAGAUACAGUACAGGUUUAGCUUUCAAACAUCGCAGGUCGUAGAUAUUGUUUCCUAUAAACAGCACUAAAAUUUUAAAGAACAGAACAAUCAUCACAAAUGCAGAAGAAGGGUCUCAGAUUAGGAUAUAUGUUGAAAAUCACACAGGCCCGGCUGUUCAAAACUCUCUAAUCUCAGAACUCUAAAACCAAAGUCGGAAUUCCAAGAUCAAAGUCAGAAUUCCGAGAUGAAAGUAGGAAUUCUGAGAUCAAAGUCAGAAUUCUGAGAUCAAAGUAGGAAUUCCGAGAUCAAAGUCAGAAUUUCAAGAUCAAAGUCAGAAUUCCGAAAUCAAAGUCAGAAUUUCGAGAUCAAAGUCAGAAUUCCGAAAUCAAAGUAGGAAUUUUGAGAUCAAAGUCAGAAUUCCAAGAUCAAAGUUAGAAUUCAAUAUUCUCAGAAUUUUAAAAUCGAAGUAGCAAUUC